GUCACCUGCCCAAACUCUCAUUUCAAAUCUAAAAUUAUUAUAAAAAAAAAUGCAAGAAAAAGAAAAGGCGCACGUUAGCAAAAAAGAAAAGAAAAACCUAUCAGUUGCCCCGCGCCAUUCCGCCACCACCCACCCUCCCUACCACGGCCAUCUACCCUCUAACUAACUAACUAACCACCACUAGACCUCCGGCAUAAACUAGGGUUUCAUUCGUGGUGUAAUUUUAUUUUUAAUUUGCGGCCGACGACUCAAUUUCGAUGGCGGCGGCGGCCGCCGCUUCCCUGAGCCCUUGCACUCCGAUCCAAAACCACCAGCGCCACAUUCAAUCAAAAUUCAUUCCUUGCUGCUCAUUUUCGAGGUCGAAUUUCAACAAAAAUCGGUCGAUUGGAAAGUUCGUCGGGAUCCAAUCCCUAAAAAUCUCGCCUUUCGAGGGUAAUAAUCGCCCCGGAAACAAAAUCAACGUGUUGGGGGAAACUGAGAACGCGGGAAUCGAAGCGAGCAAUGCCGUCAAAGACGAGCUCUUCGUGCGUUUCUUCCGCGAAUCGUGGCCGUAUUUUCUCGCCCACAGGGGCAGCACUUUCGUUAUAUUGAUUUCUGCAGAGAUUAUCGAUAGCCCUAAUUUGGACCAUAUUCUUAUGGAUAUAUCUCUGCUUCAUGGACUGGGAAUCAAAUUUGUUCUUGUACCCGGGACCCACGUUCAAAUCGACCAGCUUUUGGCCGAAAGGAAAUGCGAACCCAAGUACGUGGGGAGCUACAGAAUCACAGACGCCGAUUCUCUAAGUGCAGCGAUGAAUGCUUCCGGAAGAAUCCGGAUCAUGAUCGAGGCGAAGCUAUCUCCUGGACCUUCCUUAAGUGGCAUUCGCCGCCAUGGAGAUAAUAGUCGGUGGUACGAUGGUGUCAGUGUUGCUAGUGGUAAUUUUCUCGCAGUCAAGAGAAGAGGGGUGGUAGAAGGAAUUGAUUACGCAUCGACAGGCGAAGUGAAGAAAAUAGACGUUUCUCGCAUCCGUGAGAGGCUGGAUCAAGAUAGCAUAGUGCUCUUAAGCAACCUCGGUUAUUCUAGUUCCGGCGAAGUAUUAAAUUGCAACACUUACGAAGUGGCCACAGCAUGCGCACUAGCCCUCGGUGCAGAGAAACUCAUAUGCAUAAUAGACGGGCCGAUUCUAGAUGAAUACGGAAGACUCAUUCGAUUCUUGACCCUUCAAGAUGCUGACAUGUUAAUCCGAAAACGAGCCAAGCAGAGCGAGACAGCUGCUAAUUAUGUGAAAGCUGUUGCUCAAGAAGAUCUCGCUUGUGCGAUAUUCGACCCGAAUGGGAAGGCUUUUCCUCGCGCCCCAAAAUUUCAGAACGGUGUUGGAUUUGAUAAUUGGAGCGGACUUUGGUCAACCGAACAAGGGUUUGCUAUUGGUGGUCAAGAAAGGUUGGGCCGUUUGAAUGGUUAUCUGUCGGAACUAGCUGCUGCAGCUUUUGUUUGUAGUGGUGGUGUGCAAAGAGUGCAUCUAUUGGACGGCACUAUGGGUGGAGUUUUACUCAAGGAAUUGUUUCAAAGAGACGGAGUAGGCACUAUGGUGGCUAGUGAUCUUUACGAAGGCAUAAGGAUGGCGAGGGUCACAGAUCUCGAUGGCAUUAAACGGCUUUUAUUACCUUUAGAGGAGUCUGGUAUUUUGAUAAAGAGGACCGAGGAAGAGCUGCUUCAAGCAUUGGAUUCUUUCAUAGUUGUAGAGAGAGAAGGUCAUAUUAUAGCUUGUUCGGCUCUUUUCCCUUUCUUUAAAGACAAGUGCGGAGAGGUGGCUGCUAUUGCCGUUUCUCCUGAAUGCCGUGGCCAAGGACAGGGUGAUAAAUUACUUGAUUACAUUGAGAAGAAGGCAUCUUUCCUUGGACUGCAAAUGCUUUUCCUACUGACAACUCGUACUGCCGACUGGUUUGUAAGGCGUGGAUUCACCGAGUGUUCGAUUGAGUCAAUUCCAGAGGAGAGGAGAAAGAGGAUUAAUAUCUCUCGUAGAUCCAAGUAUUACAUGAAGAGACUAUUACCCGAUGGUAGUGGUAUUCGUUUAGACAAUGCUUAUGCCUGAUAUAGCAUAUUGUCAUUUACCUGCAUUUCUGUGGACUUGUAUCUGUGGACUUGUAAUAUUGUUAUAGUACGUUUUUCUUUUUCCGGUUUAAGUUUAGUCGCUUGUCGAUUGAAAAUAUCGAAAUAAAAUCCAUCUUUAGAACUACC